AGAGGCAUGCAAAAACUGUGAAAAAAGGACGAAAGACAACCGGAGAAGGAAGUUGAAAUCACCAUUGUUCCAUCCCUUUAGAUACUUCUACACAAAUAUAAACACAUUUAACAGAUAUGGCGUUGAAGAGAAUAACCAAGGAACUUCAAGAUUUAGGGCGUGACCCUCCAGCUCAGUGUUCAGCUGGUCCAGUAGGAGAUGAUAUGUUUCACUGGCAAGCGACUAUAAUGGGUCCGCCCGACAGUCCCUUCCAAGGAGGUGUUUUCUUUCUGACCAUACACUUUCCUACAGAUUAUCCCUUUAAACCACCCAAGGUGGCCUUUACAACAAAAAUAUACCAUCCAAAUAUAAACAGCAAUGGUAGUAUUUGUCUAGACAUCCUCAGGUCACAGUGGUCGCCGGCACUCACGAUCUCGAAAGUGUUACUGUCAAUCUGCUCACUCCUGAACGACCCCAAUCCAGACGACCCCUUGGUACCGGACAUCGCUCGCACAUACAAGACGGACUUAUCAAAAUACAAAGAUGUAGCCAAGGAGUGGACAAGAAAGUAUGCUAUGUGAUGAACCCCCUCCCCCACACAAGCUCCCACUACCCCCUCCCCCCUCCCCUCUAAUACGUUCAAAGUCGGAGACUGCCAAACCCUUUGCAGUCGCAACCUGUCAAUUGCACCUCCAACUUAAAAACAAAUCUGUGUUAUUGUUUUUGACAGUUGCUUUAUUACCAAUCACACAAUGAUCUGUUUUGCUAUGAUUUUGAUAACUUGACAAUUUUGUUGUUUGAAGUACCCAGGUAAUCUUUUUUUUAUAUGUGUAAAAAAUAUGUCAUCGCUUUUUUCUUGGAGAUGAUUGUCAGUGCACACAACCCCUGAAAGGGGAUGGAUGGGAGACGUACUUAUAUGAGUUGGGGUUUUGGAAUUAAACUUGCAUCAAACUCCCAACCCAAGACUAAAAACAUAAUAUACCAUUAAACUGUACAUUGGAUGUAGCAUAAGUGGAGGACUGUUACAAGUUUAAAUAGUUUCACCCCUCCCCGACCACCAAGGUUGGUAUACAUUAUGAGUACUGCAUCAACAUUGGGUUCUACUCGCUCCAAAUUGAUCAACUUCGUUAUCAAACUAAACAUUGUUUGUACAAAAAGUUUGUUUUUGUUAAUUAUAAUUUUCUUCUGUUUUGCCUUCUUUUCCCCCUCGACUGAUAAACACAUCUCUUAUGUCCUUCUUAACAAAAAUUUAUACUUAGCUCAGAGGAACAAAGAGUCGUUUCACUGAUUUGAUAUACAAGUAGGUACAUUUAAUGUACGUAUCUAUUUAUUUUUAUUUUAUUCUUUUUUUUUCUACCCCCCCCCUCCCCCAAAGCCAAAUUCAAAUCCUUAAGAGUUGCGUUUCAUGAUAGUGGAAAAGUGAUCCCUGGAAGUUUUUCAAACAAAGGCAAAAAUGGAUACAACCCUCACUAGCGUGUUGUUAAUUUUCUUUCUUGUAAUUCAGUACCGUAAAUGUAUGCCAUCUGGAUAUAUUUAUUUCUAACGAUGACAGUUAUUAGCACUUUCUAAAGGUGACCCCCCCCCCCCAAAAAAAAAAAAUUCUCUCCCCCCCCCCCUCCAAAAUGUAUCAUACAAAUUUGUUUGUUCGUACAAGAAUUGUUAGCAGGUGUUAUUAUUCUGUUGCUGGAAAUAUGAUUAAGAUUUUGUUGCUUGCGGGGUCUUUGUUUCAGGGAACCUUGUUUUUCCACGUUUUAUUUCAUAAGAGGGAACAAGGAAAAAUACACUGGACGGCAGACCCUAGACCAGUGGUUUUAGUGUCGGGUCAGUAAACUUACAUGCCUCAAUUUAAAUCCAUGUCACUCACAUCAUCUCAAAUUCCAGCAUCAUUAUAAACAAAAGACAACACCUAGGAAACAAACAAAUGAGUGCGGUUCAUAUUUCCGGCAACAAAAUGUUUCAUAUUUUAAUAGUUUCAAAGUAAUGUUAAAAAAUAAAACACAAAGACACCA